UAUUGUCACCUGUAAAAUUGUGAAAGUAGAAGAAGUGGUUUGUGUAUAAUAUGCAAAAUUACGAAUUCUAAUAGAUUUCCCGUUUUUCCUAGACUAUUUAAUAUUUUUCUCCAAAUAUGUGAUUGCGUCUUAUUAGUGUCUGUUUAUGUGGAAAAACCGCCAUAUCAGCGAUAAGUGCUCCGGUUGGCGGUAAAAGGAAGGGGACAUCUGGCCAAUCUGUGGCGCCAUUUUAGCAUCUUUUCUGUUUGUUUAUUGUAAGAUGAUGCUUUGUGAACUGUAAAUGUUUGAAACCAUUUAUUUACCUCGAAAGGCGGAUAUUUAAUUAAUUAAAGUUGGUUUUUAGAGGAUGGAGUCAACCCCAAAAGGAGAGAAAGUGCAGAAUAAAUCGAGCUCCUUUAAUGUGUCAGCUAUGUUUGAGAGUACUCCCAAAACUGAGGCAGAAGGAACACCACAUUUACCUAAAAUAAAUCCUAAAAAACGCAAAGUACAAUAUGAUAGAAGUCGAAUAAUAAAUGACCCACUAAGUACCCCACAAGCUUCAAGCACUUUAAAUGAAAGCUUGUUCAAGAAAUUUGAAAGUAUUGAGAUUGAAGAAAACUGUGAUACCCCUGCUGCUAAAUAUUUUAAAACUAAUGAGUGUGAAAAAUUGGUGACUCCACCCUCUACACCAGAAUCUCAUAGGAGAUAUUUCAAUGAGACCCCUAUAAAAACAGGGAGCUUCCAAAAAUGUUCUUCUGCAUGUAGUGUUGGGACCCCUUUAAAAGAACAACAUGACAUUUUAUAUCCUACACUGAAACCUUUAGAACCAGCAAGAAGAAUCUUGACACCCCAAAAGUUUAGGGAGAAAAUUGAGUUGAGACACUCCACACCAGAUUUUUCAACUAACAAAAAUAAGAAAUCUUUGCUAAGUACUGUGCUAUGCAACAGGGUCAUCAUGGAUAAUGUCUUACAAUAUCUGUCUGGGGGAGACUUGUUUAGGUUGAGCAUGGUUUCUCAAGGGUUUAGGGAUGCAGUAAACAACAGCUUCUCUGCUAAAAUUCGAUUCGAGUCUUUCAAGAUAACCCAUAAGCAAAACAAGGAGAAUUAUAAAAUUACUCCACCCAGCAGUCCGGAAGUACAAAAUGACAUUUUAUUCCGGGAAGGAUCUCUCAGUCCUAGAAGUAGGAACUAUAGUGAAUUUUUUGAAACAGCAAACAAUUUAACACAAAACCAAUCAUUGGUGAGGUGUCCCAAAUGUCAAAAGCCAUCUGUAGUGGAGAAGUCAAUUGCUCAAUGCCAGAACAAAUUAAGCUGCGGUUACAUUUUCUGUCAGAAAUGUGAAUCUUAUUCUUACAGUCCUGAGCAGUUUUAUGACCAAUGCCAAGAUCUUCGAUUGGACAGUUCACUUGUUGUGGAAAAUAGAAGACACCUGCUCGGAGAUGUUACCAAUAGCUCUUUUGAUAUUAGUUCAGUUUUAUGUAGCAUGUCCUCUUCAGGUUAUUACUCAGGAUAUGAGACAUCACAUACCCCAUUAUCCGUAAAAAGAAAUCUAAAUAUGUCUUCUUUUGGGAGCGGGAGGAGUUCUCUUAAAAAACAUCCCAAACCUGAAAAGCCUCUUUUCGAGACCAACCGUUCCUUGGCUGUUGAAAGUCCUGAUCAGUCAAAGGAAGAGAAGAGGAAAUCAACUGAUGUUAUUGCUGUUGUAAAAAGUAAAAGCAUCAGAAAAAAAAUCGAGAACGUAGAACCCUCUUCUCCCCCAAGAGUGAAAACUUACGCCGCCUGUUCAAAAGAAAGCAGAAGGAAUUUAAAGAGGCUAACGAGAUGAAGCAAUUAGUUCUUAAGACGGAAACUUUCGUUGGUGGUGAUAUAAUUUUUUUAUAUACUAGGACAACUCUGUUUGACCAUGAGUUUUAGGUUUAAGAAGUUAUUUUCAAUAUGCUGUUGAAGAACAACAAAAAACGUUAUUGCAGCCAUGUUUUAAUGGCAAAUUUAAUUCAUUUUUGCCACAGUAAAUAAUUUAUUUUCAUAGAAAACAUCGAGAUUUGACAUCACUAUAAAUUUGGAUCCAAUAUUAUUUUUUUUAUUGGUCCUCUGUCCUAUUUGCUACCUCUAUUCGCCUAGAAUGAAUUAUUGAUGAUGUUUAACCAGUUUUUUUAGACAAAUUUGUUAACAUCGUUGAACUACUACUUAACUUCCUAGAGUUAUUUGAAAUGAUUUAAUCAAAACUGGAUCUGAAUAGUUUGUACAUUUUUUAUAAUUUAUAAGUUUUUUUUGUGGUUGUACGCGUCUUUUUUGGUCUAAGACAUUCCUUGUAUAUAUUUUUAAAGUUAUUUAAUGCAAGGUUUAUCGUAUAUUCCUGUUCGGUUCAUCAUUUUGACACUUAUGCUAGAAUUGUCAGUUUAAUUAGUUAUUUGUUUUGGCUUUUGCAGGCUGAUCUUUAAGGAUAU